GCUCCAUUCUUCUUCGACUGGUAAUAAUGACUUUUAAAGAUUUUCGAGAAGAACGAAGAAGAUCGGCUGGAGAAUCGUAGAAGAUGGCGGGUCACUACAGAUGGAAGAGUUUCGAGGAGAACGAAGACCGUCCGGAGAAGCCACGCCGUUACGGUGUAACGGAGAUGCGAGGUCCUCGUUACUCCGUUCUCAGCCAGAACGUUCUUCAGGAAAUAUUUGAAUCCAUGGGGCAGUUUGUUGACGGGUUAAAGUUCUCGGGAGGCUCCAACAGUUUGAUUCCAAAGUCAUUCAUCAAGCAAGCCAUCGAUAUGGCUCAUGAGCACGAUGUGUAUGUUAGUACUGGUGAUUGGGCUGAACAUGUUCUUCGUAGUGGUGGUCCUUCAGGUUUCAAAGAGUAUAUAGAGGAGUGUAAGCAGUUGGGGUUCGACACUAUUGAGCUGAAUGCAAAUUCGCUUGAGGUUCCGGAGGACACUCUUCUACGAUAUGUUCGUAUGAUCAAGAGCGGUGGUCUUAGAGCCAAACCAAUCUUCGCUGUGAAGUUCAACAAGUCUGAUAUUCCUGGGAGGAGGAACAGGGCCUUUGGUUCCUAUGUUGUUCCGGAGCCUCGAUCAAGCGAGUUUGUUGAGGACAUUGAUCUCUUGAUAAGAAAGGCAGAAAGGUGUUUGGAAGCCGGGGCAGACACCAUUAUGAUUGAUGCAGAUGACGUAUGCAAUUACGCAGAUUCUAUCCGAGCAGACAUAAUUGCCAAAGUCAUAGGACGUUUGGGAGUAGAGAAGACUAUGUUUGAAGCAUCUGAUGCCAAGUUAGCUGAGUGGUUCAUCAAACGUUACGGUCCAAAUGUGAAUCUCUUUGUGGAUCAUUCUCAGAUAAUGGAUCUGGAGUGCCUCCGUGGUCGUCAUCUGGGUAAAGAUCACAAGUCCGUUCUCAGUUCCUCCUACUUCUUGUUUUAAAAACAAUAGCUCUCCCACUACAUCUAAACCUGUGUGAAUUUCCCAUGUAUUAUGUCUUAUGUGUCUUAUGUUAUGUGCUUCGUUGAUGCUGUAAGAAACAAAACGUUUAGAAGAGCAUUGUGAUCAUAAUCACUCAGAUUGUAUGCAACCUAGUAAAGUAAUGCACUUAAGGCUUGUUUGUCUUGAGAGUUUCACUGGCUGAAAGAUUUUGAGCAAUAAUAUAAGCAGUUUCAUCA